AUGGAUGAGGUCACAAUUGUUGUGUUAGACAAGAAGAAAAAUGUGCGAAAAAACCUGUCGCUAAAAGUUGGAAAUGAGGAAAAAAUCGAUGAUUUGCUGCAAAACGUGGGAAAAUUGACGGCAAUCCCAAAAGAUGAGCUGGAAGUGUUGUUUUGCGGGAAAAUGUUGGGACGGGCGACAAAGAUUCGGGAUUUACAAUUAACUCCUGCCACGUAAGCCAAUUUUCGAGACUUUUCUUAAGAAAUCAUUACAUUUUUGCAGACAACUAACAUUAUUGCGACCUGAAGUUUGUUCAUCUCAAAAACCAGAAAACCCCGAGUCUUCCACAACUGUAAAUUCAUCAUUCUAUGUAUUUUGUAAAAAAUGCGACAGUGUAAAACGCGCCAAACUUCGUGUAUACUGUGAAAAUUGUCAAGGAACAUCAAUUCUAGUCAAAAACGAACCGCAAAAUUGGGCAGACGUGUUGAAAACCAAGCGAAUACGUGUGGAAUGUAGCUCUGAAACUUGUGUGCAAGAAAUAUACGCAAACUUCCGAUUCAAAUGCGUCGAUUGUAAUGAAAUAUGCGCAGCAUUGACACAUGCGCGAGGAAAUUGGCAAAAAUCCGAAUGCUGUAUUUGUUCGGAUGAGAAUAUUCUGGUUAUUGAUUUGGGAUGCAAUCAUUUAACGUGUUUGGAAUGUUUUAAAUUGUAUUUAGAAGAGAAUUUGGAGAAUUUCAAUUUCAAAUUGAAACCUCCACAUGGAUUUACGAUAACUUGCCCAUACACCGAUUGUAAUAGUGAGUUUUUGACAAAAAAUUGUGAAAAAUUCUCGAAAAAUCUUUUUUUCUUCAGGAGUUGUUCAAGAUGUCCAUCAUUUCUAUCUGAUGGGAAAAUCGAAAUAUCAAGAAUAUCAAAAACGGGCAACCGAGAAGCUGAUUCUUCAAAGUGAUGAAGGUGUAACGUGCCCGAAUCCUGAUUGUGGUCAGAGCUUUUUUUGGGAACCCUAUGAUGAUGAUGGCAAAUCACAGUGUCCUGAUUGCUAUUUUACGUUUUGCAGGUAAAUUUUAGGACCUCUGAGCUAAGUUUUGGGCUCUCAAAAGUUCAAAAAUUUCCAAAAUUGGCUUAUAAAAGUUAUCAGAGAAAAAAGUUUCAGAUAUUGUCAGAAAAUUUUUUGAUUUUGGAAAAAAUCGGGGCGCGAAUUUUUAUGAAUUUUCAGCAGGGCUGAUUCACGAAGGAAAAAAUUGUUAAAAAUGAUUUUUUAACAUCGAAAGAUCAAUUCACAAUUAGUUUUUCGAGUUUUUCAGCCAAAAAUGAUGACAAAUCGAUAUUUUUCGAGCUUCUGGAGGGAUUUCUGAUGAAAAUAAGCCUAUUUUGCUUUAUUUUAUGAAUUUUUCGAAAUUCAUCAAAAUUUAAAAUUUUUUAUUUCACGAAAAAUCAGCAAAACCUUCUGGAAAGUCAAUUUUCAUCAGAAAUUACUCCAGAAGCUUGAAAAAUAUUGAUUUGUCAUCAUUUUUGGCUGAAAAACUCGAAAAACUAAUGUUUUUUCGACAUUUUUUGACUUUUCGUGUUGUUUUAUUGUUAUUAAAUCUAUCUGAAACUUUUUUCUCCCAAAAAUUAUUUUGAAAUGUAGCUAUGAUAACUUUUGAGAGCCCAAAACUUGGCUCAGAGGUCAAAAACCCCUGAAAAUCCCAAAUUUUCCCAGAAAAAUGCAACGAAAGAGAUUGCGUUUGCCACAAAACUGAUGAUUUGACACGAAAUACAAUUGAAGCAACCACUAGAAAAUGCCCAAAUUGUCAAUGUUCAACUGAAAGAAAUGGCGGAUGUUCACAUAUUCAUUGCACAAAUUGUGGCUAUGAUUGGUGCUUUAAAUGUGUUAAAGAAUGGACUGAAAAUUGUCAAUGGGAUCAUUGGUUUUGA